CACUCCAGAGCGUAUACCCAUUGAUUGGCUCAUUUUUGCUGGGGUUUACAUAUUGUGACGGCAGAGAAAGGGAAAGCGACAGAAAUAUCAUAUUCAAAUGUUCUUCAUAUUGUGACAACACGGAACGUGAUUUUGUUAUGCAAUGUUUGACUUUGAUACAAAAGAGAAAGAAUAUCAAAACACUCGGCAAUCUGAUUAAUACUCGCGGGCUGCGCCCCCUCGUGCAAAUCAGAUAGCCUCGUGUUUCGAUGCUCUUUCUAUUACUUUGACUUAUUUGGACUUGUACUAAGCUCGGUAUUUUCUAAGAAAAAUAAUAAGCUAAAUUGCUACGUUGACGUUGCUGUUACCGUUGUUGUUGCCGUUGUUGUUUCAGAAAAGUUUAAUGUUAGUCAUAUUUUUAAUGGAAUGCUACAGUGAAAUGAGUAGUUGUGAAAUGCUCUAUUUUUAUAUCGCAGAUGAUACUGAUAAAAUGGACGUAAUUCUCCGUUGUCUUAAAAUAUGGGAAUUUACUUGGAGCAUGGGAAAAUUUAUAAAUUACCAAUACCGAGUGUACAGUUUGGUAGAAAAUGGACACGCUGCAUCCUUCCGAUUCGCGUGUGAAUAUGGGACUUUGCUGUUGUAUUUGUUUAGAACAAUACCGUGAUCCGAGGACUUUGGCAUGCGCUCAUACAUUCUGCCAAAGUUGCAUCGAUCAGCAUAUCUUAAAACAGAAAGACGAAGACCAUCUUAAAAAAGGAAUAGAAUGUCCACUCUGUCGGAAAGUUACACCUAAAUUAGAAAACGAAGUUCCGGUGGAAGAAUGGUCUAAAUCUUUGCCAGUUAAUUAUGCUUUACAAGAUGCUAUUGAAGCACAAAUUGUAGACAACGACCUGUGUACAGUUUGUAUAUUAAAAGCAAAGCAUACACCUGCCACAAAAUAUUGCAUUCAAUGUAAAAGAAGGUUGUGCUCUGAUUGCGAAAUCACCCAUAAUAUAUUUGAACAUUUGAAAAUUCACAAAAUCGUUCGCAUUGACGAUACAGAGAAAAUAAAAACGUUUCCUGCAGACCUGGACCAGUGCACCACUCAUGGGAAACCUAUAGAAUUCUACUGUGAAGAUGAACAUAAGCUUUGCUGCAGUUCCUGUGCCAUAAUCAAACAUAGGAAAUGCCACGAGGUUGUCGAAAUAUCUGAUAUUGCAGCGAAAAAUAACGUGGAAAAGGAAAAGUCUUUACUAUCGAGGAUCAAAGAACUGCAGCUACAAUCAGUCAACAUCGACUUCUUCUUCGAUCAAAAGGAAAAAGAAUUGGACAGAAAGCUGAAGGAAAUUGACGAUAAUAUCGUCAUUGAACAAGAUAAAAUCAUUAAUAUGUUAAAGGAAUCAAGAGCUAGAGUUCUGAAAGAGGCAAUGGUUCUGCGUGAUAGAGCAACGGAGCAAUACACAUCAUAUAAAAUGCAGUGUCAAGACAUCAAGAAAUCAAUGGUCCUUUCUUUUAAACGGAUUGAUAUCGCUCGAAAGUUUGGCACAUCAGCCCAACUUUUCAUUGCUUUGCACGAGGAGGAAACGAAAUUAACUGAAGAAACAGCAAAAUGUGACGACUUUUUCAAACAGCUGGAAUAUCUAGAUGUAACAUCAGAAAAUGCAAACACCUCCUCUUGUUUUGAAGAAGUUAAGCAAUGCGAAUUGAGAAGUCAAGACAUUAAAAUAGAUGCGAAUCAAAUUCCCGACCAUAGAAUUAUCAAAAUGGAAAAGGUAAAGUCUGUUGAUUUAAAAUCUUCUCUUGAGAAUGAAUCAGAACCUCUAUAUACUGGAUUGGAUUUCCUUCCCAAUGGAGGAUUAAUUGCUGUUGAUAAUGCAAAUAAGAAAAUCGUUGUAAUGAAUGAAGAUCUUGAGAUUACAAAAACUUAUAUUCAUGAUACAGUUUUGCUAGAUGUUCUUUGUAUCUCUAUGGAAAAUGUCUUUGUGACCAAUGGGCCCGAGUUAUUAACAUUUGAUGUUAAUGAUGACGAUAUUUGUAGCCGUAUGAACACAAUCGAAAUACCGCAAGUGGUAGAUUCUCUUUCUGAAUACAACAAUGAUAUGUUCGUGGUAGGAACGUAUGCAAGUAAUAAACCUGCAGCGUUGAUGUAUAAAAACGGAGAAAUAAAAGAUUUCGAUGUCAAUUUUCCUGAUAAAGAGUGGAAAUUGGGUGAUAGCUUCAAUGCCUUUGAUAAAGAAACUGGCGUCCUCGCAAUAACAGAUGCCGAAGAAAACAAAAUAUAUAUCUACGAUACUAUUCAAAAAUCGCAAAUAGUUUUUCAGGAUGAAAGAAUUAAAACUCCUACAGGAAUUGCUCCUGGUCUCGAGAGUACCUUCUUCAUUUGUAGUCACGGGACUGGUAAAAUAGUUCAGAUAUCACAAGACGGUGCUGUACUACAUACAUACGAGAUAGAUAUGCAUGAUCCGUACACGCUUUGCUUUUCUAAGGAUAAAACAUUUCUUGCUGUUGCUAACUACACGGUAGGUGCCAGUAAACUGCAUAUAUAUCGUGUGUCACAUAGCAAUCAUCAUCAACAACAACAAAAUAACAUAACUGAGUUCCAGAAAUACUAGUAACAAGCGCUUCUCGACCAUGCAAAGUAUGAAUGAAUACAAUUACAUAUGGCAUAAGUUUAAAGUAUCAUCCGAAAUACGGCUUGUAAUUCUUGUGUAUAUAUAGCUUUUGUUUUCAAUGUAUAGUCAGACAUUGUAUCCACUUGAUCUAAGUUCUAAUGUAGCUUGGUUUUCAAUUUUUAUGCUGUUUUAUUUUAGGAAUAGCCUUGCUAUAACAGGACUUUGUAACUGUCUAUUUUAAGUUCAAACGCUUUUAUUAUCAGUAAUUCUAGUAGAAUGCAAGCCAGGUGUCUGAACAGAAAGUUACAAAUAGAAUAGAAUAAAAAUGUUAGUAAUGCUUCGCUUACUUUUUGCAUAUUCAAUAUUUUUGAAUGUUUUUUUCAUUUUUAAGGAGACAAACUGUUUCUUUAGCGAGGUUGAUUAAAAUAUGCAUACUUGAAUUUAAGAAAGUACGUUAUACAUGUAAUGCAUUUAAAUUUGGAUUUCAAAAUGUAAUUUUACUUUGUUUUAACAAGCCAUAUUAAAUGUAUUAUGUCUUUUACAUGUGCUUGUAAGUUGACGUGGUUUGGGCUUAGAUAUAAAUAUAUUUUUUGAAAAUUACAUUUAAAUCUCUUUAUUGUCCCAUCUCAUCCAGCGAUACGUCAUUCCAUCCAGUUUUUUUAUGCUGUAAAACAUAUGUUAACUGUCUUUGCUGUUGACAGUCUUUAGUCCGUUUUCCAUUUUUUGUUUUGUAUUGAUGAAAAAGUAUUGUAUGAGGAUUAUACAUGUACAUUCGGUUUUCCAUGUGCCAAUAGGGCCAUAGAAGAGUUAUACUUAAGGGCCAUUUACACAGACGGUCAGUCCCCAAUCGGUCAUUUAAUUUUAAAUUUACUCGCUGUUAUGAUCGGUUGUCAUGCGUGAUUUUAUUUCUGGUUUUCUGUGUAAACGGCCAUCGGUGACAGAAAGCAAACUCAAACGGGGUUGGAUCGGUGAUAAAAAUGCUGAAAUACUAUCGGUUUUUAUCGUUUGUAAAUCGGAACUAAAUCGGGCGUAACGCUGAUUAAUCGGUGUUUGAUAGCUAGUCAUCAGUGGUUCAGAUAUGACCGGUGAUUCAUAUUUGGUUAUCUUUGUCCGAUCGGUGAUUAAGAGCUUGCAUAUCUCGUGAUAUAGGUUGCUGUCGGUUAUUUGUAAAUUAUUUUCACUGAUCGAGAAUUUUAAACAUGUUUAAAAAUCCCAAUCGGUAAUUUCGAUAAAACUUAUCUUUCCCCAAUAGCAGUUAAUAGGUGGAAAACAGGUUUAGGUGAUAUCGGUGUUAAAUACGUUGCCAUAAUUUGGCUAAAAGAACUACGGAUCAAUCACCGAUGGCUCUGUGGAAAGAUAAGUUUUAUCGGUGAAAAAUUACC